AAACUCAAAGAUAUGAUUCAAGCAUGCUUUGUAGAUCUAGAAAGUCCAAAAAAUCCAGACAAUCCAAAAUUUACUUGGUGGCUUGCUGUUCUUGAGCAAGUUUAUCUAGAAGAAACUACUAAAAAUAAUAUCGCAUUUGCAAGUAUUUGUAUUGAUGUUAUUUGCAAUACUGAAUAUUCUGAAUAUAAAUUAUAG